GGGUUUGGUUUGAGCCUAACGAAGUACCGUAGGUUGGGGAGCCGUAAAUGAGAAGCAAGUGUCGCAGUGGCGUCUCAAACACAGAGGUCACAACAACGAUUCAGCCAGAAUGGGAGGUGACCAUGGCCACAGUAAACUGAACAUGCCAGACUGGCGACAAUGGAAAGCGGAUGGAACCCCGCUGGAAUUCACACAGCAGCGAUUAGCAGCCAGGGGCCUCAAGGACCCAUGGGCACGCAAUGAGGCAUGGAGGUACAUGGGUGGCUUUGCACAGCCAGUGACUUUUGGAAAUGUCCUGUUUAGGGGGUUCAAAUGGGGCUUUGCUGCCUUUGCUGUUGCUUUGGCUGUUGAGUAUGCCCUGUUCCCCCCCAAGAAGAGUGACCACUGACCACAGAAGUCUGAUCCUACCAGAUUUGACAUCCCCAAACAACCUUAUACCAUAUUAUAAAGUUAUUUUCUGUACAUUAUUAAACUGUGUAUAUCAA